CGCAGGUACCCAACCUGGUCAGAAGGUAGUUCUGAAGGGUAAAGGUGUGGAAUGAAUCACUGCUGUAUUAUUAUUAUUUCUUUCCUUCUCCUUUUUCUUCUUGUUUUUAUAUCCGAAUGCUUGUUAGGAAGUGUUCUAUUAGUUUGUUUUCUUUGGAGAAAGCAUAUAUCUUUAGUUUACCAACACAGAAUCAUGUGCUGUGUUUUCUGGCAGGGAUUAAAUCAAGAAAUUCUUACUCAUUUGGAGAUCAGUAUGUGCACUUCAAUGUCAGCAUUCCAACGAAUCUGACUACUAGACAGCGUGAAUUAAUCGAAGAAUUUGCUAAAGAAGAACAAGGUGAAAUUGAGAAGCACGCUGCUGCUGGAGCAACUGGAUGAAGAAGGGAGUGGGGUGCACUUUGGCAUUGCUUUGAAAGGCAGAAGAGAAUAGAAAGGGAGGAAGUUGAUAUUGGUAUAGUAAUAACUUGCUCUGGCAGUUUUGUAGUAGUAGCUAUUGCAUGUAUUGCAUUAAUUUAGACCGACACACUGUGCUGCUUUCUCUUUGCACGGUAUAUAAUUUUUUACUGAAAAGUCAGAAUGAUAUCGAUAUCCAUUAUAUUGAGGGCUACAUGUUGAUAUCCUCGCAAAUCAGGCUAAG